AAGGGCCGACUAUAUGUUGACUGUAAGUUGUAACCUACAUUCUCUCUAUAUCUAAGGUACUAUUCACUAAUAUUUCCGUGCCGACAAACCAAAAUAAUUAAUGGAGAACCAUGCUAAAGUGGCUUGCCAGCUGGAGCCAUGGCGAGAACUCACCGGUAAAGUGGUGAUGAUCACCGGCGCAUCAUCGGGAAUCGGCCGAGAAUUCUGCCUCAAUUUGUCCAGAUCUGGUUGUAGAAUCAUCGCCGCUGCUCGCCGUGUUGAUCGAUUGAAAUCUCUCUGUGAUGAGAUCAAUGGAUUCAGUUCAAACUCGAACGAGUCAAGUUUGACUCAGGAAGUACGAGCCGUAGCAAUAGAGCUUGACGUUAGCGCCAAUGGUCCGAUCAUUGAAGCCGCCGUGCAGAAAGCUUGGGACGCCUUUGGACGAAUUGAUGCUUUGGUUAAUAACGCCGGUGUUAGAGGCAGCGUGCACUCUCCACUGGAUUUAUCAGAGGAGGAAUGGGAUAACAUCUAUAGAACGAACCUAAAAGGGGCAUGGUUGGUGUCCAAAUAUGUUUGUAUACGGAUGCGCGAUGCUAAUCAAGGAGGAUCUGUUAUUAACAUCUCUUCUAUUGCUGGUCUUAAUCGUGGGCAAUUACCAGGAGGUCUUGCUUAUGCUUCUUCAAAGACUGCUCUUAACACUGUGAUGAAGAUGAUGGCCCUUGAAUUGGGACCAUACAAGAUCAGAGUGAACUCAAUAUCACCAGGACUUUUCAGAUCUGAGAUAACAGAGGGCCUCAUGCAAAAGGACUGGCUCCACAAUAUUGCAUUGAGAACCAUUCCCUUGAGAACUCAUGGAACAUCAGACCCGGCUUUGACUUCAGUGGUGCGUUAUUUAAUCCACGAUUCUUCAGAAUAUGUUUCAGGAAACAUUUUCAUAGUAGAAGCUGGAGCUACUUUACCAGGUGUCCCAAUUUUCUCAUCCCUUUAGUUAUAGGGAAAAUUGAAUUUGUUCUGUUGUACGUAAGUGUACAAUCAUACAGGAUCUGAAGGUAAAAAGAUAGAGUAUUAAGAUGUUAAGGAAAAAUUGCUCUGCUUCCAUCUAUUUUAUGUAUCAUUCAAUUUGUGAAGUGAGCUGUAGCUUGAGAUCUAGUUACAGUUUGAAGAUAUUCUUGCCUAAAGAAAUGUUAUGCUCUGGUUUGAGACGUUUAAAGUAAAGAAUGAAUGCCAGUCUUCUCUUUUUCAUGGAA